AUGGCUUCGUCCACUCUCAUAUCUGACACACAGGCAUGGAAGGAGUUGAAGGACCAUGUUGAAGACAUUAAAAAGUCUCAUUUACGUGAUUUAUUGAGUAAUGAAGAGAGGUCCCAGUCACUGAUGGUUGAAUUUGAUGGCAUUCUAUUGGACUACUCAAGGCAGCAGGUCACCCUUGAAACAAAGGAAAAACUUUUCAAAUUGGCUGAGGUUGCAUCCCUCAAGCAAAAAAUAAACCAGAUGUACAAUGGGGAGCAUAUAAACAGCACUGAGAAUAGAGCAGUACUUCAUGUAGCCCUUCGUGCUUCAAGGGAUGCGGUUAUACAGAGUGAUGGAAAGAAUGUUGUCCCAGAUGUUUGGAAUGUUCUGGACAAGAUCAAGGAGUUCUCUGAGAGGGUCCGCAGUGGAUCUUGGGUCGGAGCUACUGGAAAGGAACUGAAGGAUGUUGUUGCCAUCGGUAUUGGUGGCAGCUUCUUAGGUCCACUCUUUGUUCACACAGCUCUUCAAACAGAUCCUGAAGCAAUUGAAUCUGCAAGAGGACGUCAGUUGCGCUUCCUUGCAAAUGUUGAUCCAAUUGAUGUUGCGAAAACAAUCACAGGGUUAAAUCCCGAAACAACAUUAGUUGUGGUUGUGUCAAAGACUUUUACGACUGCUGAAACCAUGUUGAAUGCUCGAACACUCAGGGAAUGGAUUAUAGCUGCCCUAGGGCCAUCAGCAGUUGCAAAACAUAUGGUCGCAGUUAGUACAAAUCUUGCGCUUGUGGAAAAGUUUGGCAUUGAUCCUAAUAAUGCUUUUGCAUUUUGGGACUGGGUUGGUGGCCGUUAUAGUGUCUGCAGUGCUGUAGGAGUGUUUCCUUUAUCCCUACAAUAUGGUUUCUCAGUAGUUGAGAAGUUUUUGAAGGGAGCUUCCAGCAUUGAUCAACAUAUGUAUUCAGAACCAUUUGAAAGAAACAUACCUGUGCUUCUGGGACUGUUGAGUGUAUGGAAUGUCUCCUUUCUUGGAUAUCCUGCCAGAGCCAUCUUACCUUAUACUCAAGCCCUGGAAAAGUUUGCCCCACAUAUUCAACAGGUUAGCAUGGAAAGUAAUGGCAAGGGUGUUUCAAUUGAUGGCACUCCUCUACCAUUUGAGGCUGGUGAAAUUGAUUUCGGUGAACCAGGAACAAAUGGCCAGCAUAGUUUUUAUCAACUUAUACACCAGGGACGUGUUAUUCCAUGUGAUUUUAUUGGAGUUGUGAAAAGUCAGCAACCAGUUUAUUUAAAAGGUGAGGUUGUGAGCAACCAUGAUGAGCUAAUGUCGAACUUUUUUGCACAGCCAGAUGCUCUUGCCUAUGGGAAGACCCCAGAACAAUUGCAGAAAGAGAAUGUUCCUCAACAUCUUGUGUCACAUAAGACAUUUUCAGGCAACCGACCUUCUGUCAGCCUUCUGCUUCCAUCAUUGAAUGCUUAUAAUGUUGGACAGUUGUUGGCAAUCUAUGAACACAGAAUUGCUGUUGAAGGUUUCAUAUGGGGCAUCAAUUCUUUUGACCAGUGGGGAGUGGAGCUAGGGAAGUCAUUAGCCACUCAAGUGAGAAAGCAACUUAAUGCAUCUCGCACAAAAGGAGAACCAAUUCAAGGCUUUAAUUUCAGCACUACAGCUAUGAUAACAAGAUAUCUACAGGCAAGUUCAGAUAUUCCAGCUGAUCCUCCAACUAGUUUACCUCAGAUAUAA